UCUCACGAUGGUGUGGCCAGACAAGAGGGAGUUACUGCUGCUUCCUGCUCACCGCUUCCCUACCAGUUAGUGCCGGGGCUAGGGGGGAAGAAAACUUUUAAAAAAAGCCGUGGCCUUUGUGUAUUGAGGGGGAAGGGGAAAAAAACCAGCUUUCAGCCAGCGGCAGCACGCUUCCAUGCAACUACCGUCACUUGGUGAUUUCUCAAGUGUCAGCAUGGUGAGAUCUGCAGCACUACUGUUUUCGGUUCUACUUUUACAGCUUUCAAACAGCUGUGAAGGAAAUAGGAAGAAAGAAUCAGUAUCAUCAACACAGUUCACACAGCAUCUUUAUAAUGCUUAUAUUUAUGAGAAUUCUGCAGCCAAAACCUAUUUAGAAAGCCAUGUAAAAAUGGGCAUUUACAUCUCGAAUCCAUCAUCGGAGUUUCGCUAUAAAAUUAUUUCUGGAGAUAAUGAAAACCUGUUUAAAGCUGAAGACUACAUUCUUGGAGAUUUCUGUUUCUUGCGUAUAAGGACCAAGGGAGGGAAUAGUGCAGUCUUAAACAGAGAAGUGAGGGACCACUAUCUGCUAAAUGUUAAAGCAGUUGAGAAAAAAACAAAUGCUGAAGCACGGACAAAGGUCAAGGUCCAUGUUUUAGAUACAAAUGACUUGAGGCCUUUGUUUUCACCAACCUCAUACAGUGUGUCUUUGCCCGAAAGUACAGCACUGAGAACCAGUGUGGCCAGUGUCAGAGCCACUGAUGCUGACAUCGGUACCAAUGGAGAGUUUUAUUAUAGUUUUAAGGAUAGGACAGAUAUGUUCGCUAUUCAUCCCACCAAUGGUGUGAUUACCCUCACAGGCAAGUUAGACUACGCUGAGACAAAACAAUAUGACCUGGAAAUCCUUGCAGCUGAUCGUGGUCAGAAAUUAUAUGGCAGCAGUGGAAUUAGCAGCAUGGCAAAACUUACUAUUCAUGUGGAGCAGGGAAAUGAACAUGCACCAGUCAUCACGGCUGUUACUCUUACUCCAUCAGAAACUGACAAGGAUCCAACGUAUGCAAUUGUAACUGUGGAAGAUGAGGAUCUGGGAGUCAAUGGAGAAAUAGCUUCCUUAAAUAUUGUGGCAGGUGAUCCCUUGCAUCAAUUCAAAGCCAUGAGGUCAAACCCUGGUAGCAAAGAAUAUCGAAUUAAAGCUGUUGAUCAGGUUGAUUGGGAAAGUCAGUCUUCUGGCUAUAAUCUCACACUUCAAGCUAAAGACAAAGGAUAUCCUCCUCAAUUUUCCUCUGUGAAAGUAAUCCAUGUUAUGUCCCCACGGUCUAAGUCUUUGCCAUGUAGAUUUGAGAAAGCUGUUUACGAGGCCAGGCUAAAUGAAUUUGCACCCCCUAAUUCUUCAGUUGUCAUGGUUACAGCCAGACCAAUGUACCCACAGGUCAAGUUUGCCCUAAAAUAUCACACUGAUAAGUUUCACAUUAACCCUGAUACUGGUCUCAUCACUACAAAUGCCUUUGUAAAAGCACAGGAAGCUUCUCGUUAUGAGCUUGAAGUUAUAAUUGUUGACAGACAAGCAUCAACAAAGGUAAUUGUUCAUGUGAUAGAUAUGAACGAUAAUGCUCCUGAAUUCAAACAGUCAUCGUAUAAAGCCAGUAUCAAUGAAAAUGUACCUGUUGGUACCACUGUUUUGACUGUGAGUGCUACUGAUGUUGAUAGUGGUGAAAAUGGGUAUGUGACAUACAGCAUAGCUAACUUGAACCCACCACCUUUUGUGAUAGACUACUUCAGUGGUGAAAUCAGUACCUCAGAGGAAUUGGAUUAUGAAUUGAUGCCCAGGGUUUAUAAUUUGCGAGUUCGUGCAUCUGACUGGGGCUCACCUUAUCGACGUGAAGUUGAAGCACUUGUAACUAUUUUCUUAAACAAUCUAAAUGACAACAAGCCACUGUUUGAGAAGGUGGACUGUAUAGGCACAAUACCAAGGGAUCUAAAUGUCGGUGAGCAAAUAGCCACGGUGUCUGCUAUUGAUGCAGAUGAGUUGCAAUUAGUCAGAUACCGGAUACUAUCAGGAAAUGAAUUAGAUCUGUUUGACUUGAAUCCCAAUUCAGGUGUUCUUGUUUUGAAGCGAACUCUGACAGACGAACCUGGCCCACAAGGGUCUUUUUAUAGUCUGCAAAUCACAGCUACAGAUGGGGAGAACUUUGCUAUCUCAACGUACGUUAACAUCACUGUAGCCACAAGUCGUAAACAAGUUAAUCUGCAUUGUACAGAGACUGGAGUGGCGAAGCACUUGGCAGAAAAGCUUCUCCAGGCAAAUAAGAUCCACAGUCGUGGAGAUGCUGAAGAUUUAUUUUCCGAUAAUCAUUCAGUCAAUCGCCAUGCACCACAUUUUGGCUCUUUUCCAAAUGUAAUUGAAAUUAAAGAAGACAAACCAGUAGGAACAAGUUUAUUGCUUAUUAAUGCUACCGAUCUUGAUAAUGGUUUUAAUGGGAAAUUAGUCUAUGUAAUUUCAGGAGGUGACCAUGAUAGCAGAUUUAUUGUUGAUCUUGAAACAGGAUGGCUAAAAGUAUUCUCCCAGCUUGAUAGGGAAAAAACUGACCAUUACACACUAAAUAUAACUGUCUAUGAUCUUGGGAUACCUCAGAGGUCUGCUUGGCGUCUGUUAGAUGUGAACAUAUUGGAUGCAAAUGAUAAUAGCCCACAAUUUCUGCAAGAAAUGUAUUUUGAAGAAGUGAGUGAAAACCAAGAUGUGGGCAGUGAAAUUAUUCAACUUGAAGCAACGGAUCAAGAUCUGGGUCCCAAUGGUGAAAUCAGGUACUCUCUUCUGACAGGCACAGAUGUGUUUGCAAUUGAUAGUGCAACUGGGAUUGUGAAAGUUAUAGGGUUGCUGGAUAGGGAAAAAGACCCUGUCUACUUACUAAAGAUUGAAGCUAGAGAUCAAGCUAAAGAGGAGCCACAACUGUUUUCAACAGUUUUUCUGAAAGUAACUUUGGAAGAUGUAAAUGACAACCCACCUGAAUUUAUUCCUCGAAACUACCACAUUAAAGUUCGAGAGGACCUUCCAAUAGGAACUGUUGCAAUGUGGCUAGAAACCUAUGAUCCAGAUGUUGGACACAGCAGUCAGGUACGCUAUAGCCUCAUAGAUAAUGGAGAAGGACAUUUUGAUGUGGACAAACUAAGUGGAGCUCUACGUAUCGUGCAAAAGCUAGAUUUUGAGAAGAAACAGUUAUAUAACCUGACUGCUCGAGCAAAGGAUAAAGGGCGACCAAUUUCUCUAUCUUCAACUUGUUACAUUCAAAUAGAAGUAGUGGAUGUAAAUGAGAAUUUAUACCCUCCUGUCUUUCCAUUCUUUGUGGCUAAUGGAUCUGUCAGAGAAGAUGUUCCUGUUGGUACACCUGUAAUGACGAUAACUGCUGAUGAUAAUGAUAGAGGCAGGGAUGGAGAAGUUAGAUAUUCCAUAAGGGAUGGAUCUGGACUUGGAAUCUUCAAAAUUGAUGAAGAAAAAGGAAUAAUAAAAACAGCAGAACUUCUGGACCGUGAAACUACUUCACAUUACUGGCUUACAGUCUAUGCUACAGACUUGGGAGUGGUGCCGCUUUUCUCCUUCAUUGAAGUGUACAUUGAAAUCGAGGAUGUUAAUGAUAAUGCACCACAGACGUCUGAGCCAGUUUAUUACCCUGAAGUUGUGGAAAACACUCCUAAAGAUGUGUCAGUAGUACAGAUUGAGGCAUCUGACCCAGACUCCAGCUCCAGUGACAGGCUAAGCUACAAGAUUACUGGUGGCAAUCCACAAGGUUUCUUCCUUAUAAACCAGAAGACUGGUUUGAUUACGACAACGUCACGAAAACUAGACAGAGAGCAACAGGCAGAACAUAUCCUUGAGGUGACAAUUUCUGACAAUGGCAGUGUCCCAAAAUCCACUAUUACCAGAGUUAUAGUAAAGAUUUUGGAUGAAAAUGACAACAAACCUCAAUUCUUGCAAAAGUUCUAUAAAAUUAAACUUCCAGAACGAAUAAAACUAGAACGAGAGAAAUCAGUUAAACGGGAACCAAUCUUCCGAGUGAUCGCAGCUGAUAAAGAUGAGGGUCCAAAUGCAGAAAUAUCUUACAGCAUUGAAGAGGGAGAUGACCAAGGCAAGUUCUUCAUUGAGCCUAAAACUGGUGUUGUCUCAUCUAAGAAGUUAUCUGCAGCUGGAGAAUACGAUAUUCUUACGAUAAAAGCUGUGGAUAAUGGUCGCCCUCAGAAAUCAUCUACAGCUCGGCUGCAUAUUGAAUGGAUUGUGAAACCCGAGCCACCAGCUGUGCCAUGGCAUUUUGAAGAACCUUCAUUUUCCUUUAGUGUCAUGGAGAGUGAUCCAGUUACUCACAUGGUUGGAGUUAUUGCUGUUGAACCUGUUGGAACUACCCUCUGGUUUGAUAUCACCGGUGACAAACAAGCUACAGAAAUGUUCUGUAUCUUUCAAAUGGCUUGUGACCUGAACUGUACAGCAGAAGGUGGCAACUAUGACAGCCGAUUUGAUGUGGACAAAGGUAGUGGAACCAUCAUUGUUGCGAGACCACUUGAUGCAGAACAGAAAUCAAAUUACAACAUGACAGUGGAAGCAACAGAUGGAACAAUGUCCAUCCGCACUCAGGUAUAUAUUAAAGUGAUUGAUACAAAUGACCAUCGCCCUGAGUUUUCAAAGCCAAAAUAUGAAAUAAAUAUCCCAGAAGAUACAAUUCCUGAAUCUGUAAUUUUGCAAGUUAGUGCCACUGAUAAGGAUGAGAAAAAUAAGUUGAUUUACAUCCUUCAAAGCAGCACGGAUCCAAGCAGUCUGAAGAAAUUUCGGCUGGAUCCAUCCACUGGCAUUCUGUUUACAGCUGAAAAGCUGGACCAUGAGACGAAGCACCAACACAUUCUUACUGUUAUGGUCCGGGAUCAAGAUGUUCCUGUCAAACGCAAUUACGUGAGAGUCAUUAUUAAUGUUGAAGACACCAAUGACCAUGCCCCGUGGUUUACUAGUACCUCCUAUUCUGGUCGUGUGUAUGAAUCUGCUGCUGUUGAUUCAGCAGUGCUUCAAGUUACUGCGCUGGAUAGAGACAAAGGCCAAAAUGCAGAAGUUACUUACACUAUUGAAUCAGGAAAUGCCGCCAACAGUUUUGCCAUUAAUCCAGUUCUGGGUACUAUUGUUGUUGCAAAAGGUCUGGAUCGUAGUACACGGAGACAAUAUGAACUUACCAUUAAAGCAACUGAUGGAGGAAUACCUCCAAUGAGUGCAAUUACUACUGUUCGCAUCUUUGUGACCAUUUCUGAUAAUGCUGCACCCAAAUUUGCAGUGAAAGAGUACUAUGCAGAAAUAAGUGAAGGAGCUAAUAUUGGCAGUUUUGUCAUCCUGGCAACUGCAUCCAGCCAAUCAACAAUUGUUUAUGAAAUUAAAGAUGGAAAUGUAGAUGGUGCAUUUAACAUUAACCCUAACUCAGGUGUCAUAGUCACUCAAAAAACACUUGACAAUGAAGAACUGGCUUUUUACCGGCUUACAGUUCAAGCUACGAAUAUGGCUGGCUUAUCAACCAAUAUUACUGCUUUAAUACAGGUGCAGGAUGAAAAUGACAACAUGCCAGUCUUCACUCAGUCAGAAUAUGUUGGAAUCAUUAGUGAGUCUGCCUACGUCAACAGUGUGGUUCUGAACGACAAAAAUACUCCACUCGUAAUUCAAGCCACAGAUGCUGAUGAAGGAUCCAAUGCUCUUCUGGUUUAUCAGAUUGCUGAACCAUCUGCUCAGAAAUAUUUUGCCGUUGAUCCCAGCACAGGUGCUAUUCGUGCAAUCCUGAAGCUAGACUAUGAGGAGACCAGUAUCUUUCAUUUUACUGUGCAAGUGCAUGACAGUGGAAAUCCACAGCUAUUUGCAGAAUAUGAAGCGAACGUUACCAUUCAUGUGAUUGAUGUAAAUGAUUGCCCUCCAGUAUUUAUUCAGGAAAUGUAUGAGGUAUCUCUCCUUGUGCCGACUUAUAAAGGAGUGAGAGUAGCUGUUGUAAAUGCCACGGAUGCAGACUCUGGUUCAAACGCAGAUCUAAUUUAUUCCAUAAUCGAUGGCAACAUAGGUGACAAGUUCUCCAUUGCUGCAAAGACAGGACUGAUUUCAGUGAGAAACAUGACUCAGCUGAGAAGCAGGUAUGAGCUUACAGUUAGAGCUAGUGAUGGAAGAUUUUUAAGCACCACAUCAGUACAUGUCAAUAUAAAAGAAAGCAAAGAAACCAACUUGAAAUUCACACAAAGCUCAUAUUCUGCUGUGGUGAAGGAGAACUCUACAGACGUUAAAACUAUAGCUAUUAUUACCACAAUGGGCAAUGAAAUGAAUGAACCGUUAUUUUACCAUAUCCUUAACCCCGAUAACAAGUUUAAAAUAAGCCGCACUUCGGGUGUUCUUGCAACCACAGGAGCUCCCUUUGACCGUGAAGAACAAGAAGUGUAUGAUGUUGUAGUUGAAGUUAGUGAAGAAAAGAAAUCAUCCAGAGUUGCGCAUGUUGUUGUGAAGGUUACCAUUGAAGAUAUUAAUGACAAUGCUCCAAUUUUUGUGAACUUGCCUUAUUACGCUGUAGUCCAGGUUGAUGCUGAAGUUGGUCGUGUUAUUCGCCAAGUCACUGCCAUAGACAAGGAUGCUGGUAAAAAUGGAGAAGUUUCCUAUUACCUCAAAGAACAUCAUGAGCAUUUUCAGGUGGGACCAUCAGGGGCAAUAUCAUUGAAAAAGACUUUUGAACCCAGCCUAUCAAAUUUGGAGAUUGUUAUUGUUGUUGUAGCAAAAGAUGGAGGAGAGAUACCAUUUUCAGCAGAAGUUGAAGUACCUAUCACUGUUAUAAACAAAGCCAUGCCUGUAUUUGAAAAACCAUUUUACAGUAUUGAAAUUCCUGAAGACAUCCAGCUGCAUACUCCUGUUGUAUACGUUCAGGCAAACAGUCCAGAAGGCCCUCGCGUCAUUUACAGUAUCACAGAUGGAGAUCCUUUCAAUCAGUUUACAAUCAACUUCAACACUGGAGUUGUGAGUGUGAUUAGUUCCCUAGACUUUGAAAUGCAUCCAGCUUAUAAACUAACAGUAAGAGCAACAGAUUCACUGACUGGAUCUCACGCUGAGGUAUUUGUUGAUAUUGUGAUAGAAGAUGUCAACGAUAAUCCUCCAGUGUUUACAGAGAGAAAGUACACUGCCACUCUGUCUGAGGCUUCUGUGGUAGGUACUUCAGUGGUUCAGGUCAUUGCUACUGAUUCAGAUUCAGGAAUGAAUAAAGUCCUUUACUACCAAUUGGUAGAAGAUGAGACCAAAAGUUCUGAAUAUUUUCACAUUGACAGCACCAGUGGCCUCAUUUUGACAGCACGAAUGCUAGAUUAUGAACAGAUUCAGCAGUACAAUCUCCUUGUUAGAGCUCUGGAUAGUGGAAAACCCCAACUUUCAAGUGACAUUAUUCUCACUAUCCACAUCACUGAUUUGAAUGACAACCCACCAUUGUUUAAUGAGCUGUUGUACGAAGCCUCUGUAAGUGAGCCUGUAACCCGUGGGCAUUUUGUAAUGCAUGUUCAGGCCUCUGAUGCAGAUACGUCUGAUGUGGAGAAACUUCGAUAUUCGAUUGUCUCUGGCAAUGAGCAUAUGAAUUUUGCAAUUGAUAGUAAAUCUGGCAUUAUUACAGUUGCAAACUUGCACAAACAGAAUUUGGAGGCGGUUUACAAUCUUGGUGUGUCUGUAUCAGAUGGUGUUUUCCGAAGCUCAGCAGAAGUUCGGGUGAGCAUUAUUACAGCUAAUUUCCACAGUCCUGUUUUUGAUCAAGCCAGCUAUGAGGUAGAAUUGGCUGAAAAUUCAGAUAUUGGUACCCUGGUGACUGAAGUAAGAGCAACAGAUCAAGACUCUGGCACAUAUGGGCACAUAAGUUAUUUCAUUGUUAAUGACUUCGCAAGAGAGAAAUUUUCUGUUGAGCAGGAAGGAAAGAUUUUCACAUCAGAGAAGUUGGACCGUGAGAACCCAGUAGAGAAGGUAAUUGUCAUCAGUGUUAUGGCAAAAGAUGGUGGUGGUAAAGUAGCUUUCUGCAACAUCAAUGUUAUACUCACUGACGAAAAUGAUAAUGUGCCUCAGUUCCGAGCUACAGAGUACAUGGUGAACGUUGGUGCAUAUGCUCCAAAGGGAUCUUCAGUCAUUAAGAUUGUAGCUUCAGAUGCUGAUGAAGGAAGUAAUGCAGACAUUGUAUACACCAUCGAGGCAAAUUCUAACAACGUUGAAGAAAACCUUCAAAUUGAUUCAGUUUCUGGGCUCAUUAGUACCAAAGAGAGUCUGGUUGGGCUAGAAAACCACUUAUAUACUUUCUUCGUGAGAGCCAAAGAUAGUGGAGUCCCACAGCAAGAAUCUCUUGUCCCCGUAUAUGUUAGAAUACUCCCACCUGAAGUUCCACUUCCAGUAUUUCCUGAGCCCUUCUACACAUUCACAAUCUCUGAAGAGAUCAAUAUUGGGACUGAGAUUGAUGUUAUUCGAGCAGAAAAUGGUCAACAAAUAACAUACAGCCUUGUGAAGGGAAAUACCCCUGAAAGCAACGUGGAUCAAAUAUUUGCCAUAGAACAAGACCAUGGAAGGUUAAAAACUGAAAAGAAACUUGAUCAUGAAACAACUAAAUGGUACCAGAUUACAGUCAUGGCACAAUAUCGCUUUGAAGAAUAUGAAAUAGUUUCUUCUGUGGAUGUCCGUAUUCAAGUGAAAGAUGAAAAUGAUAACGCACCCGUUUUUGAUUCUAACCCGUAUGAAGCCUUUGUUGUCGAAAACCUACCUGAAGGAACCACAGUUAUUCAAGUAAAAGCAACAGAUCAGGAUUCUGGUACAAAUGGCCAGGUGACUUAUAGUUUAGCUCAAUCUCAGGAACUUGAUCAUAUACUGGAACUCUUCACCAUUAACAGUGAGACAGGUUGGAUAACUACUCUGAAAGAAUUGGACCAUGAGGAGCAGAAGAAGUACAGUAUCAUAGUAGUAGCAUCUGAUCAUGGGGAAAAGGUGCAAUUGUCCACGUCUUCAGUAGUGGACGUCACUGUCAGCGAUGUGAACGACAAUCCUCCACGCUUCACUGCUGAAGUCUACAAAGGGACUGUGAGUGAAGAUGACCCACCUGGUGGAGUGAUAGCCCUCUUGAGUACGACAGAUGCUGACACGGAAGAAGUCAAUAGACAAGUUACCUGCUACAUUACAGGAGGCGAUCCUCUGGGGCAAUAUGCAAUUGAGCACAUUCAAAAUGAAUGGAAGGUUUAUGUCAGAAAACCUUUGGAUAGAGAGAAGAAAGAUCAUUACCUUCUGAACAUUACAGCGACUGAUGGGACAUUAGUGGCUAAAGCUGUAGUAGAGGUUAAAGUCCUUGAUGCAAAUGAUAACAGUCCUAUUUGUGAGAAGACAUUGUACACUGAGACAAUUGCAGAAGACAUUGCUUCUGGAAAACUAAUUCUUGUGGUUCUGGCUAAGGAUGCAGAUAUCCGCUCGAAUGCAGAAAUCACUUACUCACUCCAUGGAACUGGUUCGGAGAAAUUCAGACUAGAUCCAAACACUGGUGAAUUGAAAACUUUAGCUCCACUCGAUCGUGAACAACAAGCAGUUUAUAACCUAUUGAUGAGAGCCACUGAUGGAGGAGGUUACUUCUGCCAAGCUGAUGUUGUGAUAACACUGGAGGAUGUGAAUGAUAAUGCACCAGUGUUUUCAUCUGAUCCAUACACUGUAUCUGUCUUUGAAAACACAGCUAACAAAACACUGCUAACAAGAGUUCAAGCGACUGAUCCAGAUACAGGCUUGAAUCGUAAGAUACUUUAUUCACUUGUGGAUUCUGCAGAAGAUCACUUCUCAAUUGAUGAGUUAUCUGGGAUUAUUAGUCUGGAGAAACCUUUGGAUCGAGAACUUCAAGCUGCAUACACACUUAUUGUGAAGGCCACUGACCAAGGCGUGCUCAAAAAGCUGUCAUCAGUUUGUACAGUAUUGGUUUCUGUCCUCGAUAUCAAUGAUAACCCGCCUGUGUUUGAGCACAGAGAGUAUCUAGCCACCCUUCCUGAGGAUACUGCUUUGGGAACUGAGGUUCUUCAGGUGUUUGCAGCCAGCAAGGAUGUUGAGGCCAACACAGAAAUCACAUAUUCCAUCAUUAGUGGCAAUGAACACGGAAAGUUCAGCAUAAAUGCAGAUACAGGUGCCAUUUUUGUUAUUAAAAGCCUGGACUUUGAGACAUCUCAUGAAUAUUACUUGACUGUUGAAGUCACGGAUGGUGGAACACCUUCACUUAAUGAUGUAGCAACAGUGAAUAUCAAUGUGACAGACAUUAAUGACAACACUCCUAAAUUUAGCCACGAUGUAUACAUGGCAGUGAUAAGUGAAGAUGCUCCCCUGGGACAGCUGGUUGUUACAGUGCUGGCUGAUGAUGCAGAUGGUCCAUCAAACAACCAGAUUCAUUACUCUAUCAUUCAUGGGAAUCAAGGAAACCCAUUUAUCAUUGAUAAUACAAAUGGAGAAAUAAAAGUAGCGCAGCAUUUAGACAGAGAAAAAGUAUCUGGCUAUACAUUGACUGUGCAAGCGUCAGACAAUGGUGUUUCACCUCGCUUCAAUACGACUACAGUCAAUAUUGAUGUGGCUGAUGUCAAUGAUAAUCCUCCCAUGUUCUCACAAGCAAACUACAGUGUUAUCAUCCAGGAAAAUAAGCCGGUUGGAUCCAGUGUGCUACAGCUUCAAGUGAUAGACAGGGAUUCCUCACACAAUGGCCCUCCAUUCACUAUUGGAAUCAUUAGUGGAAAUGACCAGAAUGAAUUUCAGAUUAAUACACAUGGUCUUCUCAUAUCAACGGCUCCUCUCCAGCACAAGAUUAAAGAUAUGUAUCUAUUGCAAGUACAGGUAACUGAUAGUGGCCGACCUCCACUAAGCUCUUCAACAUUUAUAAAGAUUAAAAUUAUUGAAGAAAGUAUUUAUCCUCCGGCUAUUCUUCCUCUUGAAAUCCAUAUAACUACUGUUGAAGACGAGUAUGCUGGUGGUGUUAUUGGAAAAAUUCAUGCAACAGAUCAAGAUGUUUAUGAUACGCUCACAUAUAGCCUUGCAUCAGACAUGGGAAACUCAUUUGCAGUUUCCAGUACUGAUGGCAAAAUGAUCGCACAUAAACUUUUAGAUGUCGGACUAUAUGUCCUGAAUGUCACAGUAACGGAUGGUCGUUUCACAACUGCUGCUGAUGUAUCUGUGCACGUUAAACAAGUAACUGAACUUCAGGUCAACCACUCUAUUGCCAUUCAGUUUGCAAACAUUACACCUGAAGAGUUUAUAGGAGACUAUUGGCGGAACUUCCAAAGGGCAUUGCGAAAUAUUCUUGGUGUUCGAAGGCACGAUAUUCAAGUUAUUAGCUUGCAGCCUUCGGAACCACCUUCGGAUUUGGAUGUUCUCCUUACAGUCAAUAAAGCAAGCAAUUCUUUCCAUCUGCCUGAAGUCCUUUUCCACAAGCUCAAUACCUCAGUGUUAAGCAUCGAAGAAAUGAUGGGUAUGCGUAUACUGAAAGUCAUUCACAAACUUUGUGCUGGCCUAGACUGCCCUAUGAAGUAUUGUAAAGAGAAGAUAACUAUAGACACAAAUGCCAUGUCAACACACAGCACUGCUAGGCUAAGCUUCGUAACCCCACGGCACCACAGAACCUCUACAUGCCUGUGUAAAGGCAGCAAAUGCCAAAUGAUAUAUAAACUCUGUGAAGAUAAUCAUUGCCCUCCUGAUACUGAGUGUGUCCCUGAUGCAAAAGAAGAAAAAUAUAACUGUUUGUGCAAAAAUGCCAAACAUGGUCAGUGCUCUGGUGGUGCUUCCCUGUCAUUCAGUGGUAAUAGUUAUGUGAAAUAUCGCCUCAUGGAGAAUGAAAACAAGGAAGAAAUGAAACUCUCUUUGCGCUUACGGACAUACCAUCCACAUGCAGUUGUUAUGUAUGCUAGAGGAACAGAUUACAGCAUUCUAGAGAUUAACAACGGAAGACUGCAGUACAAAUUUGACUGCGGCAGUGGCCCAGGCACUGUUUCUGUACAGAGCAUUCAAAUCAAUGAUGGCGAAUGGCAUUCUGUUUCACUGGCAGUUGAUGGCAAUUAUGCAAGACUAGUUUUAGACAGGGUCCAUACAGCUGCUGGCACAGCUCCAGGCACCCUAAGGACACUAAACUUGGACAAUUUCUUGUAUUUUGGGGGCCAUAUCCGACAGCCGCACACAAAACAUGGUAGAAACCUGCGAAUUAGUAACGGCUUCAGAGGAUGCCUGGAGUCCAUUAUGCUAAAUGGACAGGAGCUACCUUUGAACAGUAAACAAAGGGUCCACGCAGUCAUGGAGGAAUCGGUAGAAAUGGCUCCUGGAUGUUCAUUAGUUCUAGCAGAAGGCUGCUUGAGCAGUCCGUGCCUAAACAGUGGCACAUGCUCUCCACUACCCAAUGGAGGUUACUUUUGUAAAUGUACUUCUCUAUUUGAUGGUAUUCAUUGCGAGAUUGCCGUCAGCCCUUGUGCCUCUAACCCGUGUCUGUAUGGUGGUUCUUGCAUUCCAGUGAAUGAUGAUUAUAUCUGUCAAUGUAGGGGACAGUAUAAAGGACAAAGGUGUCAGUUGGGUCCGUACUGCAAAGAUAAUCCUUGUAAAAAUAAUGGGAGAUGCAUCGAUAGCCUUGAUGGGCCUGUCUGUGAGUGUGAGCAAGGUUACCGAGGAGAAAGAUGCUUGGCUGAUAUUGAUGAAUGUCAUGAAAGCCCAUGUCUUAAUGAAGGAAAGUGCGAAAACACUUAUGGAUCCUUCAUUUGCAACUGUACCCAUGGCUUUGGUGGAAAACUUUGUGACGAUACUGUUGUUAACAAGUACGUAUCAACGCCCUGGAACAUUGGGCUAGAAGAAGUCAUUGGAAUCAUAGUCUUUGUUGCUUCCAUAUUCAUCCUGGUUUUAGUUUUUGUUGUCUUCCGUAAGAAGAUUUGUAAAAAGAAGCAACGUAAAGAUACCGGUGAAAAACGUAUUGGAGCUACGACCUUCUUGCAAAAGAACUACUUUGACUCUAAAAUUAACAAAACCAUCUAUUCAGAUAUUCCACCUCAGGUGCCUGUUCGCCCAAUCUCUUACACGCCUAGUAUUCCAAGUGACUCUAGAAAUAAUCUGGAUCGAAAUUCUUUUGAGGGAUCUGCUAUACCAGAACAUCCAGAAUUCAGCACAUUUAAUCCUGACUCUACGCAUGGUCACCGGAAGACAGUGGCUGUGUGCAGCGUUGCUCCAAACCUACCACCUCCUCCUCCAUCCAACUCUCCUUCAGACUGUGAUUCCAUACAAAAACCUAGUUGGGACUAUGAUUACGAUGCUAAAAUGGUGGAUCUCGAUCCCUGUCUGUCUAAGAAGCCUCUUGAGGACAGUGCUUGUCAUCCUUUUAACACACGAGGAAGCAUCUCAGAAGUACAGUCCCUUAGCUCCUUCCAGUCUGAAUCAUGCGAUGACAACGCUUCCAUAGUGACUGUAAUACACCUUGUCAAUGCAGUUGUUGACUCGGUAGAAAAAGAAGAAACUUUUGCGGGUCAUGACCUCAAGAACCCAAGAGCGUACCACUGGGACACUUCUGAUUGGAUGCCAAAUGUUCAGCUCCCUGGUAUCCAAGAGUACCCACAGUAUGAGGUUGUGGAGCACCCAGCCCCUCUUUAUUCUGAUCCUAAUGCGAUUGACACAGACUACUACCCUGGAGGGUAUGAUAUUGAAAGUGAUUUCCCACCUCCUCCAGAUGGUUUUCCAAUUCACGAGGAACUACCGCCACUGCCCCCGGACUACAAUGAGUUUGAUUCCAUACAGCCACCCCGGGACAUGCCCAUGGCUGGAAGUCUGAAUUCAGCAUCAAAAAAUAGACAGCAUUUUAACAUGAAUCAGUAUCUACCCCAUCACCACUAUUCUGCGGACCUCUCAGAACCUCAGAAUGCAGUCCCUGCUGGAGGCAAUUACAGGGGUACCUUCCCACCCUACUCUUUAACAUACAAUGAUGACUUUGAACCACCCACUAUGGAUAACCUGUCUAUGUCUGUGUAUACAUCCACUACUGCCUCUUGCUCUGAUGUUUCAGCGUGCUGUGAGAUGGAAGAAUCUGAAGUCAUGAUGAGUGACUAUGAAAGUGGGGAUGAAGGCCACUUUGAUGUGACUAUUCCACCACUGGAUUCUCAACAACACACAGAAGUCUGAUGAUUAACAAAAAUUAAAGUGCCUGGGCUUUAACGGAAAUGCAUCAUGCUACAGCUUCUAUAUUUGACAAGUACUCAAUGUUGUUUUGCAUAUUGAUUUGCAAGUGUUGUUGGCUAAUUCCAGCAUGGCUGCACUGGAUCAUGCAGCAUGUUUCUACACAUCAGUUACUUUUACCUGAGUUACUGGAACUGGACUUAACAAAUUUCAUUCACAUUGGCUGUGCCAUUUCAGAAUGUUGUUUUGUAUCAGUAUCAACAUGCAGAGUAUUGAAGGAUUUUGAUAUCUGACAUUAGAGUAACAAAACACCUUAUCAUUGUGGUAUUCUUGGUCUGUAUUUAUGUAGUUCUAAUAAUACAGAGAUUAAUUUUUUAAAAAGACUUUUCACUGUCCUGCAAUUUCUUUUGUAAAUUUAAUGUACAGUUCUGAUUUAAAUAGUUUAAAUUAGAUUUUGUAGAUAUUAUGUGGAUUUUUUUCAGAAUUUUAGUCCUGUUUAAAUAUGUUAAUCACUUGCAUUGACAUUGGCAUACCCUGACAGUUAUGUGCAAACUAGUGAUUGGGGUUUUAAUCCUAAUUUUAUUAUUUCCAGUAAAUUUAAACAUUUCACCCUUAACAUUUUACCGAAUGUACCAAAAUGCCAAGUUGGUAUGAAUGAGUCAGUUUGUUUCUCUAUGUUGUUUGGGUCUGAUAUUAUAAAAAUGUCUUAACAGUGAGUGAUUGCAUUUCUAUUUGUAAAUUGUGUGGAUUCAUUUCUGUGAAAGGGGACCUACUGAAUUUUUAGAACCAAAACUUUGCCAAAUCUGACAAUGACUUUCUCAAGCUGUCUUUGUGGUGCAAUGGUCCUAAGGUUUUUUUUAAAUGAAACUUCCAUUAGCAAACACUUUCUCUUACUUUGCAUUGGUAAUAAACUGUGGAAAAUGAA